AUCCAAGCCACACAGCGACUCUGAGAGGGAGCUACUGUCAAUAUCCCAGUUUAUAGAUAAGGACACUGAGGCUCGGGGAGGUGGAAGUCCCUAGGUUGCUCAGCUGAAUGCAGGUCUGUCUGAUCACAGAGGCGAGCCUUUGGCUGUGGUGCUAGCUCUGUGGGCACUACUCAGCAGAUAUUUUGCUGACAUUGAGAGAUUUGAUGAUAUGAUGGAUGGAAAGAUCUAUUUUGACCACCCUCCUUUGCAUCCUGUUUGACAGAUGAGGACAUUGAGGUCCAGAGAAGGGAAGUCAUUUGCCCUGGGUCACACAGCAUCAGCAGUGGCUGAGCUAGAUGGAGCCUUGGGCCUCCUGACCCCUGGAUCUCUGAGUGGGUGUCUCUCGCCCUCUGCAUUAAGCCUGUGCCCUCACCUGGGUUUCUCCACAUGGAGAGCAGUCUUUCAGCUUUUCUUUCCAUGAUGCUGCUCCCAAUACUUCAGCCACUCUGGGAGGAGACAGGGGUCUAGAGACAUGGAGCCAGCUCUUCUUCAGACCUAGCCCCUCCCACAGGGUAGCUGUGACAUGCUGACUGGUCCUUCAGGGCUGAGCACUGUGCUGAGCCCCUUACAAAUCCAGUUUCUUGACUCUGCUGACAACCCUAACGGGAGAUACACUCAUGGCCCCAUUUUACAGAUGAAGAAACUGAGGCCUAGGUGUUCAUUAGAGGUCUUACUACAGAGCUUUGUUCUGAGACACCAGGCUAUCCUGACUCCCAGCAGGGUAUGCAGCGAGGUCAGAAGAUGUGAUGUUGUCACUCUUCAGUCCUUACGUGGCCACAUGGGUGUGGACAAUCCUGGGAGCCAGUUUAUAAAUUAUAAAGGGAUGGAUAGAGGGAUAAGACCACAUACAGGAAUCCACAAUGUUUACAUACUUUUUUUCACUCUUUUCUUUCUCAUUUUAAAAGUCACACUCUUCAAAGAAGAGCUAAAGAAAUAUUUUAAAAAGAGGACAAGAAAAUCCAAAUCAUAUGUAGACUCACUUCUAGAGAAAAAGAACACCCAUUAAAGUGUUGGUAUAUUUCCUCCCAUUUUUUUUUUUUUUAGGCACAGACUUGGGGAUUUAUAUAUGAUUGUGAUUACUGAUAUAUAUGAAAGGCUGUAUUUUGUUUCUUUUGCACUGAGCAGAAUGGCAUGUUCAUUUACCAUAUGAUUUGACAGUCUCGAUAAAGAUUAUUUUCAACAGCUGUUUAAUCUUCCACUGGAGGACUGGACCAGUUUGCAAUGCCACCAGCCACGUAUGACAGUGCCGGUCUCACCAUGCCCACGACAACACUGGGUAACCUCCGUGGCUACAACCCGGCAACUCCCAACCUGACGCCCCCCAGCCUCACACCCCCACAGCUGGCCACCCCAAAUCUCCAGCAAUUCUUUCCUCAGGCCACUCGGCAGUCCCUGCUGGGCCCUCCUCCCAUCGGGGUCCCCAUCAACCCCUCCCAGCUCAACCUUUCAGGGCGAACCCCCCAGAAACAGGCCCGGACCUCCUCCUCUAUGACCCCCAAUCGCAAGGAUUCUUCUUCUCAGACGAUGCCUGUGGAGGACAAGUUAGACCCCCCAGAGGGGUCUGAAGAAGCCGCAGAGACCCGAACAGACACACCUGAAGUCUCUCACCUGCCCUCCAUCCCAGACCAAGAACCUCCCCAAUGCCCAGAUGACAUCGCUAAGGAGAAACACACUCCAGCACUUGAGCCUGAAUCUUGUGAAGCCUCUGAGCCGCCAGCUAAAAAGUCAAAGAGCUCAGGGGAGCCCGCAGAGAAGGGGUCCCCAGGGCAGCUGCAGGCAGAGGUCCAGCUGCAGACCCGGAUGAUGGCACCCAAGCAGACACAGACACCCGAGCUGCUGCCUGAGCCCCUGGAAGCACGAGUGCAGCCACGAUUUCAGCCCCGGGUCCUGCAGAUCGCAGCCCAGGUGCAGCCACAGACCCAGCCGCAGACGCUCCCUGUAAAUGUCCAGGUGCAGCCAAAGCUGCAGAAGCAGGCACAAACGCAGACCUCUCCAGAGCACUUAGCACUGCAGCAGGUGCAGCGGCAGCCGCAGAAGGAGGCAGAGCCACGGAGACAGGUGCAGCCGCAGGCACAGCCGCAGCCCCCCAGGCAUGUGCAGCCACUGCUCCAGAAGCAGGCGCAGACGCAGACACACCCACAGGUCCAGACGGAAGCACAGCCGAGGCUCCAGCUGCCGGAGCAGCCACCCAAGCAACCCCUGGUGCGGUUACCGGUGCAGCCCCCGGAACCGACCCAGGGACGGCCUCAGACUCAGCCACAGGCGUCGGUGCCAGCAUCGGAGAAAGCCCCAGUUCUGGUUUCAUCCACAGCGCCGGAAACUUUGCCUGAUACAGUAGAAGCUGGAGCAGGCCCAGAGGAGGCCCUGCCAGAGCCAGUGGGCACCCAGGUCAGCAUGGAGGAGAGCCAGGAGGAGUUGACCGGUGGCCUGGAUGUGGCAGAAUGUGAAAAAAGAGCGAGAGAGAUGCUGGGGGUGUGGGGGGCCGGGGGCUCCCUGAAGGUCACCAUCCUGCAGAGCAGCGACAGCCGGGCCUUUAGCACCGUACCCCUCACACCUGCGCCCCGGGCUGGCGACUCUACCUCUGCCACCCCUGCGGCGGCCAGCACACCCUCUAAGCAGGCCCUUCAGUUCUUCUGCUACAUCUGCAAGGCCAGCUGCAGUAGCCAGCAGGAGUUCCAGGAGCACAUGUCAGGAGCUCAGCACCAGCAGCGGCUCGGCGAGAUCCAACACAUGAGCCAAGCCUACCUGCUUUCCCUGCUGCCUGUGCCCCGGGAUGUCCUGGAGAGAGAGGACGAGGAGCCUCCACCCAGGCGCUGGUGCAACACCUGCCAGCUCUACUACAUGGGGGACCUGAUCCAGCACCGCAGGACGCAGGACCACAAGCUGGCCAAACAAUCCCUGCGACCUUUCUGCACCAUUUGCAACCGCUACUUCAAGACCCCCCGCAAGUUUGUGGAGCAUGUGAAGUCCCAAGGCCAUAAGGACAAAGCCAAGGAGCUGAAGACGCUGGAGAAGGAUAUAGCUGGCCAAGACGAGGACCACUUCAUCACGGUGGACGCUGUGGGCUGCUUUGAGGGCGAUGAAGAAGAGGAGGAGGAUGACGAGGAGGAAGAAGAGAUCGAGGUUGAGGAGGAAUUCUGCAAGCAGAUGAGAUCCAGAGACAUAUCCGUAGAGGAGUGGAAAGGCUCAGAGACCUACAGCCCCAACACCGCAUACGGGGUGGACUUCCUGGUGCCCGUGAUGGGCUAUGUCUGCCGCAUCUGCCGCAAGUUCUACCACAGCAACUCGGGGGCGCAGCUCUCACACUGCAAGUCCUUGGCCCACUUCGAGAACCUGCAGAAGUACAAGAAGGCCAAGAAACCCAGCCCCACCACCAGGCCCGUGAGCCGCCGGUGUGCCAUCAAUGCCCGGAACGCCUUGACGGCUCUGUUCACCUCCGGCGGCCGUGUGCCCAGCCAGCCCAGCACCCAGGACACAGCCAAAACCCCCAGCAAGGUGACAUCCACACCCCGUCGGCCCCCACUGCCCCGGCGCUCCAGACGCCUCAGAACCUGACGGAGGGAGCACCCCAUGCCCACCCCAUCUCGGUCCCGAUCGGCUAUGCUUUUUAGGAGUCUGUGUGGAGACUUUGAUAUGGUUGGUAUUUUUACUGAAAAUCCAAUAAAGGAAGGUAGUUUGGCCUGU